UUGACAUUUCACAGCGACGGUUAUGCAUCUUUUAACUGUUACAAGUUCCUCUGGCUCUAACGCCGAGAAGCCGCCACAGAAGAAGAAGAAAGUGCAUGGUCCGAGGCCACUGUCGCUGUUACUACUUCCAGAUGAAUUAUCUCUGAACUGCUUAGCACGCGUGCCCCGAUGUUACCACCCGUCGGUCUCAAUGGUUUCCACAGCAUUGAGGCGUCUCAUCGCUUCGCCGGCGAUUUACGUAGAAAGGUCACUGCUUCGCCGCACGGAGCAUGUCCUUUACGUCGCGCUUAGAUCUUGCGUUACAGAGACCCCUCGAUGGUACACUCUCAACCUCAAACCUUUCGGACAAGCGUAUGGAGUGAACCAUAGUUUGGUUCCUGUCCCGUCGUUCCCUCCGGUUCCUUCCUGGGGAAUGUCCAUCUUCACCGUCGGUUCGGAGAUUUACGUCAUCGGUGGAUGCGUCAACGAAAAGAUGGUCUCCACUGUGUUUGUCAUCGACUGUCCAUCUUACACAUGUCGCUUCCUCCCUAACAUGAAGCAAGCACGCGCCUGCGCCGCCGCGGGAAUCGUCGGCGGGAAGUUGUACGUGAUCGGAGGUUGCAAACCUCGGUCGUCGAACUGGGUCGAGGCUUUUGAUCUAAAGACUCAGACUUGGGAGACUGUGACGGGUUUGAACAAGGUGGAGAUGUAUGAGAAAAUGAUCAGGAGUUUCCUGAUUGAUGAUAAGAUUUACUUGAUGGAUCGGAAGAGUAGCUUUGUUUACGAUCCAAAAGAAGGGAGGUUGGAGAGGGACCCGUUGUUGAACGGACAGUGGAGUGUGGGUUCUUGCGUGAUCGAAGACAAGUUGUACUCGUUUGGUCGGAGGAAUACGAUAUGGGAGUUUGAUACUCUCGGGAGGGUGUGGAGGCAAGUGAGGGGUCUUGAAGAUCUUCCUGAUAAGGCUGAAGGCUCCAAAAUGGUGAAUUACGGUGGCAAACUUGUGAUAUUGGUUAACCUUCAAGAGCAUUCGACGGAGAUUUGGUAUACAGAGAUUGAGUUGGAAAGGAGGGAAGGAGGAGAGGUUUGGGGGACGAUCUUGUUGUCUACUCGUGUGCUGGCUUCGGAAGCUUUUUCUCCCGUUGUACGAUCUCUAGCUGUGUCAUUUUGAAAAUGUAUUGCUGCAGGUCUGAUCAAGAUGAAGAUCUAAGGCUAUAAACUACUGGAUGCUCUAUUUUCUUGCCUUUGUUCCUUUGUUGUACUAAUAUUUGGAAGUUGUUUUAUUUAUUUACGAAUAAGCUAUGUGACAUUAUCGACCAUGCUUUUGAA